AUGGUGGCAUCAGAGUUCGAAGGAAAAGAUAUAGAAUACAUAAAUAAAUAUAAUGAACUUGAUAAAAAUGGGCUUGGUGAAAAUUACACUGAAACAAAAAACCAGGAUACAACCAAAACAAUUUACAUUGGAAAAUAUUUACAAGACGAAGAUAUAAUUCUCAAUGAAUCCACAAAAUAUCAAGUAUUAUUUUCAUAUUUAAAAAAAAAAGAGAAAAAAAAAUUAAUACAAGAUGGUGGUGAUAAUAUAAUCUUACAAAAAGAUAUUUUCUCCUCAAAAACAUCAGGUUUAGUUCAAAUAUUUUCUGAAAAUUUAAUAAAACAUAAUAUAAAUUUAGAAAUAUAUAAUGAUAAAUUAUAUAUAUCAUUAAAAUUUAAAGAUCAAAUUGAUCCCCUUAUACCAUAUUUAAAAAAAGAAUUUUUUUUUAAAACAAAAAAUGAAGAAAAUGUUAUAUUAUUAUUAGCUAAAAAAUUUGAAAUCUAUAAUGCCUUAAUGAAAUCUAUGUAUUUAAAAGAUAAAGUUAAUGAAUAUUUUAAAAGUAAUAAAAAAAUAAAUGAUUUUUUUUUAAAUAAUAAUUUUGAAAAAAAUACAGAUACCUAUACUAAUCUUGUUAAUACAACAUUUUUUUCUAGCUCUUAUAAUGUUAAUAAUUUCGAAGCGGAAAUAAAUGAACAUACAAAAUGGAACGAUCCAAAUAUGCAGCCAAUAAACAUUUCUCACAACCUAUUAUUAGAAGAAAAUAAAAAUGAAAUUGCCAAUUUAAAUUUGAAAAAAAGAAAGACAGAAAAAUAUGAGUUUUGUGAAAAUGACAAUUUAGAAGAUAAAUACACAAACCUUAUGAAUGAUAAUGUAAUGACAAAUUUUGAAAAGGAAUAUUUUAAAACUAGUAAUGCAGAAAAUAUUGAACAAGUAAAUAUAAAAAAAAACGAGCUAAAAAUGUUUGAUAUAAAAAUGUGUGGGACAAAAGAAGAACGACGGAAAUUGAAAGAACAAAUGAAGUUAGAGAAAAAUGAAUUCCUUAAAAUUCAAAAAGAAGAGAAAAAAAAAAGAAAGGAAAAAAAAAUGCUAGAAAGAAAAAAAAUGAUAGAAUUAGAAAAAGCAUAUAAAAAAAAAUUAAAAGAAGAAAAAAAAGUAAAACAGUUGCAAGAAAAAGAAAGACAAAGACAAUAUAAAAAAUUUCAAAGGGAAGAGAAAAAAAAAUUAAAACAACAAUUUUUACAAAAUCAAACAGAUGAAAUAAAUCUACAUUCAAAUAUAAAUAAUAAUUAUGAUAAAGACAAUAAUCAAGAUAAUAGUAAAACAAAUUUAAUCAUAGAAAUUGAUAAUAAUGAUAAUAGGUUAAAUGAAAAAGCAGAAUGGAUGGAAAUAAAAUCUUCAAAAAAAAAAAAAAAAAUUAUUAUUGAUAUGGCUAGCUACACACACAAUAAUAAUGUAAUCCAAAAAAAUAAUUAUAGUAACUUAAAUGAUAAUAAACUAAAUUUUUCUCAAAUAAAUGGAAAAAUAAAUAAUGAUAUUAUUCCUAAUAGUAACAAUACUAAAAGAAAGAAAAAUUUAAACACUGAUUUAAUAUAUGAAGAAAUAGAAAUACGUAAUGUUUUUGAUAAAAAUGGUCAAAUAAAAAAAAAAAUUAUUUUAAAUAGUAGUAAAAAAAAAAAAAUAAAUAAGGAUGAUCAAAAUCAAGAAAAUAAUGUCUAUAUUAGUAAGAAUAAAAAAAAGGGGAUAGGCGAUAAAAUCAAUGAAUUAUAUCAUCAAAAUGAAAUACUAAGCUUAAAAAAUGCAACACCUUUUCAAAUAAAUCAUGCAAGCAAAGUUAAAGGAAAUAUAAAUGGAGACAAAACAAAAGAGAAGAUAAAAAAAACUGGAAAAAAAAAAGAUAUAAUACACAUACCUAAUAAUGUUAUUGAUAAAAAAGUAGCUAUGCAUAUUAUGGCAUAUAAAGACGAAAUAAAUAAUAAAGAAAACAAAAAAAAAAUUGCCUUAUUUGGUCAGGUAAAACCUGAAGAUACAAUAAAAAGAGGUAUAUAUGGUUAUAAAGCUUUUCACGAUGAAGAAAAUUUAUAUGUUGAUGUCUUAAUUAUAGGAGGUGGAAUAUCUGGUUUAGCUGCUUCCUAUUAUUUAAAAAAAUGUAAUGCAAAUUUUUUAUGUAUUGAAGGAAGAAAUCGAAUUGGAGGUAGAGCAUUUACAACAAGACUUCCAAAAAGAAUUAUUAAUAAUAAAAUUCUUCCUGAAACCACAGUUGAUUUAGGGGCUAAUUAUCUUCAUUGUUGUGACAAUUCCGAUAUAUUAAAUGAAAACAAAAAAAAAAAAGUAAAAAAAAAAUAUACACCAAAAAAUGCAUUUAAAUUUAAUUAUGCAAAUAUGAGAGAUCAUAAUAAUAUAAAUAAUAUUAUUAAAACAUUGGGGAUUGAUGAAAUUGAAAAAAAUUUGGAAAACAACAUAUCACAAUUUACUGAAGAAUAUGGAAAACUAAUUAAAGAAUUUAUAAAAUCGCCAGGAAAUAAUUGUUCAAACAAUUUGAGCAACAAUAAAAAUGAUAUAAACAUUGAUAAUUUUUCAAACUUUAAAGAUGAAAAUGAUAUUGAAUGUGCCCAGUGUGAGAAUGAAAACUGGCACAGUGAUUUUGAUUAUAUAGGAAGAAAAAAGGAAAAAGAUUUGAAUAAAAAAAAACUAAAAAAAAAUAUAUUAUUUAUGAUUCGAAAUAAUGUUGAUAAUAUUUGUGAAUUUUAUGAAAAUUAUUAUUAUAAAAAUGAAAAAAAAGAUAUAUAUCAAUUUUUUAAAAUUAUAGAUGAAAAUAUUUAUUUUUAUGCAAAUUUAAGUGAUGAUAAUACAUAUAGUAUUCCUAAUAAAAAUAAAUAUAGCAAUUCUAAAGUUAUAAAAAAUAAACAACUAAAAGUUCUGACUGUUAAUAAAGAUACAAGAAAAAGAAGAGAAUAUGAUAAAUCCGUAACAAAAUUAGCUGAAAAGUUGAAACCAAAAAUAGCUUUAGUAUGUGGAAAAGACAAUUGGGAGUCUACAUUUUAUGCAUAUUGGUAUAAUAAUGAAAAUGGAAAAAAAAUUAAAAAUUUUAAAAUUUAUAGAAUGAAUUUAUUAUGUGAUAAGAUAAGAAUUAGAGCAGCUCGAAAAAUAAAAAAAUAUCUUUUUAUAAAUGAUGAUACAUAUGAUAAUCAAGAUAUUACCAAUCAAAAUAGUACACACAACACUGCUAAAAUUUUUCAUAAUAAUAAUGAUAACAAUUUGGAAUAUAACAUGAUCGAUAGUAUUGAUGAAACUACUGGCAAUCAUAAUUCAAAUCAAACUGAGGGAUAUAACAACAACGAUGAUGCACAAACUACAAGUGAUUUACAUAUUCAAAAUGAAAUAAAAAAUAACUUUCAUAAACAUAUAAAUAAUAUAAAACAUUUAAAUCCGAAUACUAGUCAAGAAAUUUAUAAUUCUUCGAAAAGCGAUGGCUUGACUGAAUAUGCAGGUGAACAAUAUGAAGAGGACGAAAUUGGCAAAAAAAAAAUUAACACAAAAAAAAAUAAUGAAGAAGAAGAAAACGAGGGAAAAUUGGAAGAUGACAACAUCCCACUAUCAAAUAAUGCUAAUGAAGAUACCAGUGAAAAUGUAGAUAUAGUAAGCAAAUCAAAAAAAAUAGACAAUGGAAAUAAUUCGAUUUCAAUAAAAAAUAGUCCCAAAAAAAAAAACUCGCCAAACUCAAAAAAUGAAAAUAUAAAAACAAAAAAUUUAACGACAAAUUUAGACACACUAUUUUAUGAUAAAAAUGCAAUAAUUUAUGAUAAUUAUUAUAAUUAUGGAGAAGAAUAUUACAAUAUUGUUAAAGAUCCAAAUAAAAAUACUGACCAAAAUCAAAAAAAAAAAUACGAUAUAAAUGACACAGAAUUGUAUAAAAAUAUGAGCAGUAAUGAUAAUAUAGAUAAUAAAGACCUAUAUGAAAAAAUUAAUAAAAAAAAAAAAAGAAGUAUGUGGGAUUUAUUAAUGGAAUGUGCAGAGGAAAUAUUCACUGAAAUGGAUUUAAAUCAAGAAAAUUUUUCGAUGGAAGAAUGGAAAAUGCUAAUGGUAGCACUACAAUCAAGAUAUGGUUAUGGUGGUGAUUUACGCAACACUUCUAUUGCAAUGUCAAGACUUCCUUCUUCAGGUUAUAUGGAUAUAGAUAUAUGUUCAAAUUAUGGUAGUAAAAAUUAUAUACUAAAAAAUAUGAAAUAUUAUGAUAAAAUAAAAAAAAAUGAACAAGUGCCACAUAUUUGUCAAUUUAAAGACAAUACCCGUGCUGAUAAAAUAGUGCUCGAUGGAUGGAAAUGGAUAAUUGAUUAUUUAUCUGAAAACAUACAAGAUCAUAUUUUUAUUAACACGGUAGCAGAACUCGUCCAAAUAAAAACUCUAGACAAUGAAAGCGUAGAUCAAAGUCACUUUUAUAUCAAUAGCAAUCCUCAAAAUGAAGACAGUGAUGAUAGCCAUUCCAAAAAAGAUGAUUCAAAUUGUAGUCACAAUAGUCCUCAAUCCACUCUAUAUGAUGAUUACAAUUUUGCUAAACAAAAAAAUGAAAAUAUCGAAUUCGGUAAAGAAAAGACUAACGAAGAAACUGAUAACUUUACCGACAAUACAAAUUAUAACAAAAUAGAUGAAAAUGAUAAAACAGGAAAUGAUGAUUUAUAUGUUGAUCCAAAUUAUGAUGGGUAUGAUUAUACUAAUUUAAAGAAGCAAUACAAAAUAUCUAGUAAUUAUGAUAAUUACAGUGCUAUAGUAAAAUGCAAAUGCUAUGAUACUUUGGGAAAAAAUGUAAAUAAAAAUUUUCAUGGUACUUCUGAUUUAAGUAAUUGUAAAUUUAAAAAUAUAAAUAUUCAUGCUAAAUAUAUUAUUGUUGCUUUACCACUUGGAUGUUUAAAAGAAAAUGAAGAAAAGAAAAAAAAUCAAAUACAAUCCUGUUUAAAGUUUGAACCUGAAUUACAUCCCCUUAAAAUUAAAGCACUCAAUAAUUAUCAAAUGGGAAGACAUAAUAAAAUUAUUUUACGAUUUUAUCCAUUUAAUUUUAUAUGGCCAUUUGAUGGUUUACAAAUAAAUUGUAUAGAUCAAAAAUUUCAGUAUUUAAAUUUACAUGCAUAUGGUAAAAUUGGAUGUAUAUUAGUACAUUGUUUUCCACCUUGGUCAACUACUUAUGGCUAUAUAAAAAAAGAGCAUUCAAUAGUUAAUGAAUGUUUAUAUACUUUAAGUAAAAUGUAUGAAAAUAGUGGGAAAAAGCUACCUAUUUUAGUUGAUUAUAUUAUAACAAAAUGGCAAGAUGAUACAUUUUCAUGUGGGUCUUAUGCAUAUCCAGAUUAUAAAUGUAAUGAUAACGAUAUUAUAUAUUUAAGAGCACCCCAUCCUAUACAUAAUCCUAAAGUUGUUUUUUGUGGUGAAUACUUAUCAAAAAGUUAUUUUCAGUGUGUUGAUGGAGCAUAUGAUACAGGAUUGAGAGCAGCAGAAGAUAUUGCCCAUAUAGGAUUAAAAUUAAAAUCUUUUGAUAACAAAAAAUAUAAUACUGAUAUAUAUUUUUUCCCUAAUAAUACAUGUCCAUUUACAAAUAUGCCAUUACCUAAGGUAAAAAGGGAAUUAUUAGGUUUUUACAUAACGGAUGGAAGUGAUGAAGCAUUGUCAGAUUAUGAAAGUUCUUCUGGAGAAGAAGAUGGAAAUAUAUCGAAUAUCCCUUUGCCAAUUAUCAAAGAAGAAUACAAUUUAUUAAGCUCUACACUAAAAAAUGUUAAUAAUUUUUUUACCCAGUUAAAAAAUGAAAGUAUUAGGAAGAGGAAAAAUUUACGUGAAAAUUGCAAAAAGAAAGAUAAAAAUAAUACAACUAGCCAAACUGAUGUAAAAAUAGCAAAUAUGAAAUCUCAAACAAAUUAUAUGAACAAUAAGAUCAAUUUAAAUGAAAUAACAGAUCAUUCAAAAAAUAAUUAUAUAGACCAGAAUAAUAGUGACUCGAAUUAUGAUGAUGGAUACAAUAAAAAAGCGUCAAACCAUUCUGAUAAUUCACACAAACUAAAUGCAGAAAUAAUACCCUCUCAAUAUGUUCCUCCAAAUGAAAUUACUAAUUUAUCUCAUAAUAUAAUGCUUAUAAAACAUAAUACGGAAAAUUCAGACAUUGAUGUAUCAUUCACUAAAUAUAUAAAUAGUAUCGAUUUUUACCUUGAUAGAUAUAUAAUAAAAUUUAGGGAUAUUAUUUUUCACAAUUAUAAUGGAAUUGAAUUAGGAAAUGGUAGCGGUGAUAUAAAUGUAGCCAAAAAUUUAAUAAAAAAAGCAUUUUUAUUAUCACAAUCAUUGCCAAUAAUAUUGAAAAGAUUUGAUAACUUUCAAUUUGUUGUACAAAAGGAAUUAUGUACAAUGCUUAAGAGAGUUGCACAUGUUCUUAUACCCUAUAUCAAUAAUAUGAAUGAAAAAAAAAGUGAAUUAUUAUUUAUUGCUGAAAAACAUCUUAAUUAUAUUUUAACAUCGAAAGAGGAAAUAAAUGAAAUAUUUUAUGAACAAAUAAUAAAUAUUUUAGAAAAAAAUAAUAACAUGGCUAGCCAAUAUAGCAAUAAUGAAGACAACAGUUUAUCCCCAAAUCCAUAUGACGAAACUACCUAUCACGACAGAAAUAAUUAUUCAUCAAAAGAGUGUUGUAUUAUAAAAAAUAAUGGUGUAGAAGACGAAAAAUCAGGGAACAAUAAUGGAUGUAAUAAUGAUAUAAAUAGUGUGCAAACAAAUAUUGCAGACAAUAAAAUUACAGCGGAUGAUCAUAAUAAUAUGAACAGUUCAGGUAACAUUUCAGAAAAACACAACAAUAAUUAUGAACAAAAAAUAAUAAAUAAAAAUGGAGAAAAUGGUGAAAAAAAUACAAAUUCAAAAGGGAAUACAAAAUGUAUGCAGUUAGAUAUGCAUAAUGAAAAAAAGAAAAAUAUGUAUAUUCAAAAUAAACAAAUAUGUGAAUUAAAUAAUUAUUUAAAAUAUGUUUUAAAUCAUAUAUUUAUGAAAAACAAAUAUAUAGAAGAAUAUAUUACAAAUACAAAUCAAAAUAAAAUAAAAUUAAAUUCAACUUGUUUUCUUUUUUUUUGUUGCUAUAUUUUACAAUAUAUAAUGAAACAAAUUAAUUAUGACUUAUCACACAAAUUUAGUGAUUUUAAUAUAGUUAUUCAAUUAUUAUGCGAUUAUGUAUAUUAUUUAAUAUUUUAUAAACACGAAGUAUUAUGCUAUAAAUGUAUGAAUAGUGGAGAAUUAAUUUUGUGUGAUUUUUUAAAUUGUACAAAUGUUUGGCAUUCUUUUUGUUUAUUCUCAAAAAAUGAUCAGGAAGAAAAAAAGUUGAAUAAUUUGUGGUUUUGCCCAAAUUGUCUCAACGGAAAAUUAGUAAAACCUUCUCAAAGAGGUUAUUAUAGACAGAAUGAAAUAAUACAAAAUUAUUGGAAAAGGAGAGUUUACAUUUAUAAAAUAAAAUUUUUUUUGUCGAGAACUCGAAGAAUUCGAAAAAGAUUAGAUUUACUUGAAAUGGAACUAAAUAAAAGGAUUCCAUAA